GCGCAGAGGCAGCUGCUCCCAGGCUGCAGCACCAGCAGGUUUUGUCUGCAGCUCUUCUGGUCUGUAGCUCCUUGGAGCAGAGGAGGAGGAGCAGUAACAGCAGCAUCUUCAGCCAGGCUCUCCGAUUGUAGAAAAAUCUGAACUGAGAUAAUCACUGGCUGAGAGAUCCACCAAAAGCUGGGCUAAAAGGCUGGUGUUUAACAUUGGCAACUAAUCCAGAGGAGAGUGUGCUUUUACACUACAACCAGAUUCACCAGCCAUUUCUUUCUAGCGUGAGAUAUCCUCGUGUUUUGACUGGGCUGCAGACAAAAGGAUACUGAGACUUUUCUUGAUUUCUUCAGGACAGACCACAGGAAUUGCUACCACCUACGUAAAUAGAGGGAAAGGUUGCAAAGGAUCAGAAACAUGGCUGAUGAAAGGAAGGAUGAAGCUAAGGCACCGCACUGGACCUCAAGUCAGAUAGCGGAAGCUUCUUCCCACUCGCAUUCUCCAGAGAUCAAGGAGCAAAGUGGCACAAGUGAAGGACUGGUCAGAAGUGCCAAUGGAUUUCCAUACAGAGAGGAUGAAGAUGGAGGAUAUGGGGCACGUGGGCAACAGAGCUCAUAUUCCAGAACCAAAGAGAAUGGGAUCAAUGGAGAAUUAGCGACAGCAGAGAAAGAAACUGCAGAAGAAGUAUCCGCAAGGAUAGUCCAAGUAGUAACAGCUGAAGCUGUGGCAGUCCUGAAAGGUGAACAGGAAAAAGAAGCCCAGCACAAAGAUCAGCCAGCACCAUUACCUUUAGCAGUUGAAGAGACAACUAACCUGCCUCCAUCCCCGCCCCCAUCACCUGCUUCAGAGCAGACUGGAACACUGGAAGAAGAUUUACUUGCAGCCUCGAAGAUGGAAAUCCAUGUCCAGGAAGGGACAAGCCUCUUCGCAGCCGAGCCAUUAGGCACGAAGGACUCAGAGAAAGAAAGUAAGACUAGUGAGCAAUCUGUACAUGAUGCCUUAGUUCCACAGCCAGCAAAAACAGAGACUAUAGAAAUAGCAGAAUCACUGGGCAAAGGAGAAGAGAAGUUUCUUCCAACUCUUCCUGAACAGACUGUGGAUACAAGUCCAAAAAAGGAGGAACUCGGGAGUUCCAUAAAAACAGAUAUUGAUAUUGAUUCUACAGGAGACUCGCAUCAACAUCCAGAACAAAAAGAUCUAUCAUCACAGUGGCACCAAGAAGGUAAAACAGAUGAAAAGGACUCAAUAUCCCAGAAUCUUGCCAGUGAAGUACUACUCAUACAGUCUAAAGACGAUCAAGUGGAUCUUAAAAAAAACGACUUUCCCUCUCCAGAAAGCAUAAGUUCUUUUUUAUCUUCAGACUCUGCAGUUAAAUGUACCUUUUCUUCUGAUACUCUAACAGCUGCUCAGUAUAAAUCUGAGUUGGAAGAGACUAACAAAAGAAUGCAAAUAUCUACUGCUUCAGAAAUUGCCAAAGACUUUUCGAAAGAUCAAAUAAUUGACAAGGAGAAAAUAAAAAAACAGGAAGAAAAAGACUUUGCAGCAGUGACUACUCCUGUUUUACAAACAAUUACAGAACAAACAUCUGUCCCAAGUGUUCCUCUUUGGGAGGAAGAGAAAGAUAUGACAGAAGAUGAAAGUGAUGAAGAUGGGUACUCCAUUUCCAGUAAACAAAAGCACAGAGCAUUAGAUGAUCAGCGUUUUGUUACUCAUGAUGACCAGCCCACAACUGUUUUAGUUAAAGGAAAAGAAACUGAAGCAAGUGAUCUGGAGGCAAGUGGAGACGCAACAACAUGGGAUGUCAAAAAGGAGGAAAAACACAGCAUGGAGGCCUUCACAGACAGAUAUAGUCAGGAAUUAUUCCCUGAAAAAAUGGAAGAGUCUUUCGAUAAACUUGCAUUAUCUGAAACAGAGAAGCCCACUACUGAACCAAGUAAUGAAACUCUGCAGAGAAAAGAUUCCGGACACAAUAGUAAAGGAGCAGGAUUUUCUGUUACAGAUCCAGACAUUCACAAAAUGGAGAUAGAAGAGGAUAAGUCGGGAAUGUCUACAUAUUUUGAGACUUCUGCUCUUAAAGAUGAAGCUGUAAAAAGUGAAAUGCUACAGCACAGCAGUGAUUACUAUGAACUGAGUGAUACUAAAGAACAGGCGUAUGACCCUUAUCAGAAAGAUUUCCUUGUCUCUAAAAAAGACAUUGAGGAAUAUCAGCCAGAUUCAUACCAACUCUCCGGUAUACCCACUCAUGAGAUAGGAUACAGUACCCUUGCUCAAGGCUUCCAAGAAGAUGAAUCUAUGGAACCUAGUUCUCCUACAGAAAGAAUGUACACUAUUGACCCCAAUGUUUAUGGAGAUAAGAGAGAACUCCACAAUAAAAAUAAAGAUGACCUAACACUAAGCAGGAGUUUGGGGCUUGGUGGAAGAUCUGCCAUAGAGCAGAGGAGCAUGUCCAUUAACCUACCAAUGUCCUGCUUGGACUCUAUAGCACUGGGGUUUAACUUUGGACGUACACAUGACCUGUCACCCCUAGGUUCAGACAUUCUUGAUAAUGCCAGUGGGGAUGAAGGUGAUGACUAUUUGCCAGUCACCACCCCAGCAGUAGAAAAAACUCCCACCUUCCCAACAGACAGCAGGGAAGGCGAAGAAGAGAAAACGGAGGAGCCAAAAACGAAAGAAGAGGGAGAGAUGCAGGUAGAGCCUUUGUGUGAGUCACCCUUCCUGGCAAAAGACUAUUACAAAAAUGGGACUGUGAUGGCUCCUGACUUACCUGAAAUGUUAGACUUAGCUGGCACAAGGUCAACACUGGCAUCUGUGAGCACAGAGGCUGAGGGGGCCCAGAGAAAGUCCAUUCCUUCGGAGGCAGAGGACAGCAGUGCAACCCAGCAUCUUAUGGCAGAUGAAAACCACAUGACUCUAAGGGCUGACAGUCAACUAGAAGAUUUAGGUUACUGUGUUUUCAACAAAUACACGGUGCCAAUGCCAUCCCCAGUCCAGGAUAGUGAGAAUUUGACAGGAGAGAGCUGCCCCUUUGAUGAGAAAAUUAAAAGAGGUGUCAUUGCAGAUCUCUCACUGAUAGAAGUGAAGUUGGCAGCAGCCGAGAGAUCCAAAGAAGAAAAAGAUGGUGACUCAUCAAUUUUAGGCAAAGACUUUGAACUGGAGAGAAAAGCUAUUGAUAAACUAGAUACUGUGCUAGAAAAAAGCGAGGAACAUACUGAUUCUAAAGAAGCUUAUUCUCCUGAAGAUGCAGAACAUAAGAGAGCAAAGCCUGAUUCUGCUUUGGAAACUAUAGAUGAUAAAAAUGUAGCUGGAGUGGAAGAGAAAGUGUCUUUGAUAACUGAGAAAGAGGAAGAUGCCAUGCACAUCACUACCGAGACGGGCAAGGCAGAAAUCUCUUAUAAACCAGAUUAUGAUGCUAUAAAGCAGGAUUUGGAUACUGCUGCUCGACAAGUCGAGCAGGAAUACCAAAGUAAAUUAGAGGUUUGUGCUGAUGAAUUUGUUUCAGGGCAGAGCACAGUGGAUCACGAUGAGGUCCCCUCCACAUUGCCCCAAGAACCCGUUGUAUGUCCAAAAAUUGAACCAAGUUCAAUGAAAGAUGCCACCAAACUGUCUGAAUCUGAAGUUAAAGAAAAAGGUGGUAAGCCUGAUCUUGUGCAUCAAGAAGCAGUAGAUAAAGAAGAAUCAUAUGAGUCAAGUGGAGAUAAUGACCAUGCCCAAGAGGGCUUGCCUGGAGAUACUCCAAAGCCAUAUGCUGGCAAAAUAGAACCAGAAAGUCCAUCUCUCUCAGAAGAAGAGACUGUGUCACAAUUGUUAGCGGAACAACAAGUUACAGAAGCAGAGGUAUCAAAAAUUACUCAACAAGAACCAGCUGAAGUUCAAAUGGAGAACAUACCACAGUCUAAAAAAGAUCACGUGGAGUCUCUGGAGUUAGCUGACUCUGAGAAAACUGAAGAUCUUCCUUGUCAUUUAAAAUAUGAGAAAAAAGAUACAGAAGAAGAACAACAACAGAAAGAGAUCAAACCACUAGAAGAAGAGAAAGAAGAUAUUAAACAAGCAGAAGAACACAAGGAAGACAUUAAAGAAACAGAAGAACAUGAGGAGAAUAAGAUAGAAGUAAAGCAUGAGGAAGGAAGGAAGUUGGAAGAAGAACAUGAGAAAGAAGAUAAGCAAGAUGAAGAAGAGGAAAAGAUUAAACAAGAGAAAGAUUUAAAACAAGAAAAAGAACAAAAAGAAGCGAGUCAACCAGAACAGGAAGAGAGCAAGCAACCAUACAUAGAAGGAGACUUGGAAGAACCUGAUGAAACAGUGGAAGAUGUCUGUAAAGCUGUCCCUGGGGAAGUGCCUGAACCGAAAGGAGUAAUAGAGUCUGUUGUUACAAUUGAGGAUGACUUCAUUACAAUAGUACAGACAACAGUAGAUGAGGGAGAAGUCAGCUCCCACAGUGUGCGCUUUGCUGAAGCAUCCCCAGCUGAUGCUGAAGAGAAAGGUUUUCAACCGGAAGAGGAGGCGGACGUGGAAGUGGUUGCUGAUAUUGAAGAAGAGACAAAAGAAAGCUCUUUAGAAGCUCCUGGCUCACCUGAGCGGGAAGAAGUCCCAUUAACUGAUUACAAGACAGAGACCUAUGAUGAUUAUAAGGAUGAAACAACCAUCGAUGACUCGAUCCUGGACACUGACAGCAUAUGGGUGGAUACUCAAGAUGAUGAUAGGAGCAUCAUGACAGAACAGUUAGAGACUGUUCCUAAAGAGGAGAAAGCAGAGAGAGAAUUGCGGAGACCGUCUCUCGAUAAGCAUAAAAAAGAGAAACCCUUAAAAACGGGGAGAGGCAGGAUUUCUACUCCUGAAAGAAAAAUAGCUAAAAAGGAACCUAGCACAGUCUCCAGAGAUGAAGUGAGAAGGAAAAAAGCUGUGUAUAAGAAAGCUGAACUUGCUAAAAAAGCUGAAGUUCAGGCUCACUCUCCCUCCAGGAAAAUCAUUUUAAAACCUGCUAUCAAACACACUAGACCAACUCAUCACUCCUGUGUUAAGCGGAAGCAGACAGCUGCUGGUGGUGAAAUGAAUCAAACUCCUGGGAUGUUUAAGCAAGCAAAGGAAAAACUUUCAGAUGGAGUGAACAAAAGUCCUGAAAAGCGUUCCUCUUUACCAAGACCAUCCUCUAUUCUUCCCACUCGGAGAGGCCUAUCAGCAGACAGGGAACGAGAUGAGAAUUCCUUCUCCCUGAACAGCACUGUCUCAUCAGCACGACGGACCACCAGAUCAGAGCCUAUUCGAAGCCGGACAGGAAAGAGUGGCACAUCAACUCCAACUACUCCAGGAUCUACAGCAAUCACUCCUGGAACACCACCUAGCUAUUCCUCCCGUACUCCGGGCACUCCUGGGACCCCUAGCUAUUCUAGAACCCCUCACACUCCGGGUACACCCAAAUCUGCUAUUCUGGUUCCCACCGAGAAGAAAGUCGCUAUCAUACGCACGCCUCCAAAAUCGCCAGCCACCCCAAAGCAGCUACGGCUCAUCAACCAGCCUCUGCCUGAUCUCAAGAACGUCAGGUCCAAAAUUGGGUCAACAGACAACAUCAGAUAUCAGCCGAAAGGAGGACAGGUUCAGAUUGUAACCAAGAAGAUAGAUUUGAGCCAUGUGACAUCCAAAUGUGGUUCACUGAAGAAUAUCCGUCAUAGGCCAGGUGGGGGACGAGUGAAAAUUGAGAGUGUGAAACUGGAUUUUAAAGAAAAGGCCCAUGCCAAGGUUGGUUCGCUUGAAAAUGCUCAUCAUGUACCUGGAGGAGGUAACAUCAAGAUUGACAGCCAGAAGCUCAAUUUCCGAGAGCAUGCUAAGGCCCGUGUGGACCAUGGAGCUGAGAUCAUCACGCAGUCCCCAGGCAGAUCCAGCAUGGCUUCCCCACGGAGGCUCAGCAACGUCUCUUCCUCCGGCAGCAUCAACCUGCUUGAAUCUCCUCAGCUUGCUACCCUCGCUGAAGAUGUCACUGCAGCCCUAGCUAAACAGGGCUUAUGAAUUUACUUCAUUUAGCAGUGUGUGAAGUAAUAAUAUUUAGGCAUGAGCUCUUGCCAGGAAUGGGCUCUGAGCAGGUGUUAAAAUUCAUUCUUUACCAUGUCUAAAAUUAAGUCACAUCCCAAGACUGUAGUAACCGUAAAAUAAAAAUAAAAAAACCUGGGGAAAAGAUAAUUUAUAGAUGCAGAAAAUGGCCUGAUUUCCAUUUACAGCAGGAAGACACUGGCUUUAAUGUGGGUACAAUUGCAGUAUAUUACAUUGGACAAUUAUUGUUGCUCUGCUCUGUCUUGCAUGGAGUACUGUACUAUGAUACAAUGCAUUUUUACCUUUCAUGUGCCUGAAGGCCAUCCACCACUUUUUGAAGAGCCUUGUUAAAUGCCUUCAGUUGCUCAUUUUACUGUUUUGUUGAUGGAUGGAAUUAAGGAACAUCUCCCAUUGUAAUUUAUUAACAGGUUAAAUUAAACUGGAGAGUCUGAGUACCAGACAGAAAGGCAACUAAAGAUGUCACAGCUUCAAGAGGGUAUGUGCGGGUGGGGUUAUUUUAUAUACAUGGGUAGAGGAAAGAGUCAAUUAAGUUAUUAAUGUUGUUGAACUUGGAUAAUUAUGUCAGUGUAUAGCUGAUUCCAAUAAAUUAUUUAACUAAUAGUUAAAGAAAGUAGUUGGAGGCAAAUCAUAUGAACUGAAGCCGGGGGGGAAAUCAUACGAACUGUAUUGGGGAACUGGCAUUUCUUCAUUUUUAAAAGCAGCUACUGAAACGAAGCAAUGGAACUGUGUCUGAUUAGAAUGUUGGUUAAGCAGCUAGGUUUGUGUCUACACUACUGGUUUCACAUCCUUUCCAUCUGUUUGAUACAGUAUUAUUAUAGAUAUAUAUUUCUCUGUGGCCAUUUGUGAUACGCCCUCUCAUACUUGAAUAUUCUACUUCUUUAUUCACAGUAUCUGUGUCUCUUGCACCCUUUGGUGUUGCAAUUUUAGGUAUGUAAAAGUAGAUGUUAGCAGGGUUUUUAUUUCCCUAUUCAGACUUUAAGAAAACAAAUAAAAAAAGACAAAGAUCUUUUAGCAUGAAAUUGCUUUCUGUAACAUCUCAAAAACUGUGACCCUGUUUUAGUGCCAGAUGCAAGUCUCUUCUGUGAUACUAGAAAAAUUGACCCAUAUUUCUCUUCUCUUUCUCAUUCACCUCUUCUCCCAAAUAACUGACUUUAUGGUGUCCAGGUAUUUGUAAACAAAGAUCUCCAGAGAGAUGGUUUCGGAGUGUAAAUUGUGUUGUUUUUUUUAAAUCAAAAUUUAAAAUAAUGGCUUGGGCCUGGUUUUUAAAAGGGAAAAAAUCCUGCAGUAGGAAUGAAACAUAAAGGUUUUUUUAAAAAAUCAAUUUAUUCUUUUGCUAAAGUUGAAAUUCCAAUAAACAUCGGGGAGUUUUAAUAGAAGUCCUUCAUUCCGUUCCUUUAAUGGCAACUUUGCAUAGCUAUGCUUAGGGGCCUCAAAUAGAAGAGUGAUGCUCUGGAGAGAUGCAUUCAUAACACAUGUGGAUUAAUGGUAACAUAACUAAAUAAACUCCCUAUCUAGCAUCACCAAGGUGAUGGAACUGAUAAAUAAAUCUGCAGAGAAUAUGUUGACUAUAAAAAGUAUACGACAAGUGUGUAUAAAAAGAAAAACCCAAGGAACACUAAAACGCCAGAACAACUAGAGUCUGUGGGGUUUCCUUCACUACUUAUUUGGAUGCUUUAAGCAGAUGCUGAAGAUGGCAUGGUAAUAUGAUGCAUAAGUAGACUAUAGUCUGCUCAUGAUAUAUAUGCUAGCUUUGACUAGAUGAUAAUUAAAUUAAAUUUCAACCUGCAGAUUGAUUGCUCGUUUCCUUAGGAAAUCACCUACAUUUUGUUUGCAUGAUCUCAAAUUGAGCUGUACAUGGAUGGUUCAUUUGGAUGACUAUAUGUGUUGGAAGCUGUGUGAAAAGGGCUACCUCUUAAGCAUCUUAAUUUAGCUUGGUUGCAUCCAAGAAAGAGGCUUAAAUAACUUUUAAAGAAAGAACACAUCUACCAAGAGUCUUUUUGACAUCAUAUGAUGACGAAUUUAUCAUGGAAUAAAACUUUCCUUAGAAACACAGAUUUGAUUGCUAUCGUUGACCCCAUUAGCAGGACAGAUCUCACUCCGUAGAGUAUUCCAGAACUGUUCCACAACAGUAUGGAGUUCUGUACAUUUAAAUCAGACCAAAAAUGGUUCAUAAGUGCUAUAGGCAUUCACAUGUAAAUGGAUAGGAACGAGUAAAUUUUCAACAUAGUAAGCUGUAGAGCUUCUUUAAAUGAUGUGUGAAUGAGCAAGUCUAAAUAGCCUGACACAUUACAUCUUAAAAGCUGUUGCAUAUUAUGAGAUGCCUUGUAAAGUCUAUAAUGCAGUCAUAUGGUUAAGAAAACAGUUAGUUUAGAAGUUAAAGUGCAUUAGGAGGAUUGUUCUACCGUGUGGUUGCUGUGAUGUUGCUUAGAAUAAUCAUAAAAUGUACAAACACAUCUAUAUUAACAACAUAAGAAGAAUCCUGCUGGGUCAGCCCCAGGAUGCAUACUGUGGGACUCCUUGCCACUGCUUUGGGAAAAAUAAAAGGCAAAAGAGUAGUAUGUUUAAUGCCAUGUUGUCACUUGGACUCUAUGCUGUUGGUUCUUGCGGGUUAGCCUCUCAAUGUUUUUAUGUCUUUUCCCCCCACUCUGAGAGCAAAAGAGUGCCCAAGGUACUACUGAACCUCAUGUGGGCUGGUGCUGAGUGUCAGCCAGUCAGGACAGUGUAAUCUGUGACUAUUUUGUAUUCUGCUUUUUUGGAAUAUAUAUACACAUUCUAGAUGGUGAAGUUAUUUAUUAAGUAUACAUGUCCAAAGCUGCCAAGUCAUUAAUUCCAUGCUGCAAUUUUAUCUUUCUCAUCUGAAAGCUCAGUCCUUGUGAUCAAUAACUGUCCUUCCAUAGAAGAAAUUGCAGAACUGGAUGGAGUUAUACAUGUUGAAGAGUCAGCAGGAGACCUAGGCUCUGGUAUAAGAAAUGCACACACUAUGUUACAGGACUCUAGAUUAUUGUCACAGGGGGAGUGGGGACUGGGGGCGAAAAGUGUGACAGGAAAGGAUAACAGAACAUUAAUUUCUCCAGCAUAUACUGAAUGUAAAAGCUAAGUGACACGAUUUAGUCAGAAGAUCACUCAUGCAAGCCCUGCUGAAAUAAAUAUCAGAGAUCAAGAUGAACCAUAUAAAGCCAGAUAAAAACAUGGUUAUAAAUUACUUGGCAGGAGGUAUUCUUGCUAGACUGUGCCCAUUUAAUUAUAUGGGCAAAAAAUUGCUUAGUUACACUUUAAUACAAACUUAACUAGUUUUGCAUUAUUUAAUGCACAAUUUUAAAAAAAACAGUUAUCCAAUUCACAGUUCUCUGCAUCUUGCUGUAGAGUUCUCUAAUUUAAUUUAAUUUAAUUUAAAUAUUUUAUUUUAUUUUAUUAAAAUGCAUGUAACUGUUAUCAGAGUUCGAGAUGAACCAUACUUAAGGCUGGAGAAAUUCGUAAAGUUUGUGACAAACUGAAGAUUGGCGAAAGAAAAAGCUGAAAGGAACAUUUGUGAUCCCCUCUUAUGGGAAGCAUGUCUUUGUCAAUACUACUGAAGUCCUAGAACAGUAAGCUUGCCUCAUCAUUUUUGAGUUCGAGUAAAAUUAACAAAGGUACACUUACCCACUUGCAGCCAAGAUGCAUAAAAAUGGACCAGUGCAAAUAGUUCAGUCAAGAAUCCAUUUACCCCCUUUGGAAGAAAGGACCUCUUUGUUUUUCUCUACCUUCAUAGAUCUGUUUCUGCGUGAUCCUAGGCACUGAAUAAAAGACUGGUGUUUGUCCACCAGUGAUAGUCCAAGCUGCUAAUUAUGAGAUGGUCUCCUGUCUGCUGGGACAUUAUACGUAAAUUACGGUAUAUGGCAGUGAUGGCGAACCUAUGGCACACGUGCCAGAGGUGGCACUCAGAGCCCUCUCUGUGGGCACACAUGCUGUCGCCCUAGCCCAGAGUUUGCCAGAGUUUCUUACUAGAAAGCCAGAGGGACGUGGCCCUUUGCAAUAAAUAAGUGGGGUCUGGGUUGCAGUUUGGGCCCUUAGUCUAUAAAAGGUUCACCAUCACUGUUAUAUGGCAUUCGUAACCUAACAGUUGGUUCACAUACUACUGGAAUUCUUCUCUUGAAAGUUAUUUGCAAAUAUGUAUGUCUGCCUUACAUAUGUUCCAAAAGCAGCCAAAAACAUGGACUAUGUCAUGAUAAGUAUACAAGGAACUUUUCUGUUUUAAAAGAACACAUCCAGUACAUAUUGCCUUAGGGAUGCAAAAUUAAGCAGCAGAUCAAAUGCCCAAUCUAAAACAGCCCAGGAAUUAUAGCUUGUGAUUCUUGAAUUGCAAGGCAGAACACGGUCCACCAGAGCCUUGAUAAACAUCCUGUUUUUUCCUUCUCUCCUAGAACUGGAAAAAUAGCAAUGAUGUUAGGCUUCCAGAAGAGGAGCAUGUGUGGAUUGUGGGUUGUGAUCAGCUCAGUGGGUCACAACUUCUACAGGGCUACCCAUGUUAAAUCUUGUUCACUGCUGGUAGAGUAAUCAAGCAAAUUCCCAUAUAAAUAGCGUAGGUUUUUAAAAGCUCUGGUAAGUAGCCAUUUCAACUUUAGCAAAGAACAAUUAUAACAUUUUCUGUGCACUGGGAUUUUUCCCUUUUCCCCGUCUCUUUUUCUUUUUCCUCUGAGAAACACAAUAGGCCAUAACAAAGCCUGUGGGGUUAUUUCUUUUCCUGAUAAUUCUAGAGCCUGUUAUCAUAAAAGAGGCAUUUCUUGAAUAGCUGGUGGUAGGUAGUUCAUGUUUUUCAAUCCAACUUGCAAUUGUAUUUGUUGCUGUAUAGUGAUUGUUUUGCAAAAUAAAAACGCUUGUCAUCUAA